AGUACAAAAAGAGCGAGCGAGCGACUGCGCAGCGGUGACGCCCCCUUGCCUCGCACUUGAGCCAGCGCGGGGGAAUCGGGCCGAGGCGGGGAAGCGGCCUCACAGGCGAGUGGCCGGCUGCGGCCGCUUUGCUCGCUCUCCUGUUUGCGGGAAGGGAGAAGGCGGAAGGAUGGCGGGAACAGCGAGGCUGAGCUCUCAAGCCGCAGCUUCAGCGGCGCCGUCAUUCCGCACCGCGGUUAUAGCUGCUGGAGCCUUUCCCGUCACUGCUUCUAAGAUCCCGCAGAGGUGGAAGCGCCUUCGCAGCCCCGGGGCCGCUAGCUGAACUACCGCUUCCUGGUGCUUCUUUGGCGCUCCGGCUGGAAGGACGAGCUGUGGACAUUUCAUUCUCUACUCCGUGUCGCCGGCGGAUCCCACUGAAAGGAACCGCGGGAGAAGAAGGAAGAAAGAGAAGGUGGUAGCGAAGGAAGGACCAUGGGCGCUAAGCAGAGCGGCCCGGCGGCCAACAACGGCCGAACGCGGGCUUAUUCCGGGGGAGACUUGCCGUCCGGCAGCGGUGGAGUUAACGGGACGGGCGGGCGGCCGAUAGGCGGAGCGAUGAGGUACACACACCUGGCGCCUGGAGCGCACCACGCGCCCUCCAGCUCUUCGACAAGCAGUGGGGCGGCGACGGCGGCUCCCCCUUUGGCAGCCCCCAGGAGUAGGUCUCUAGGCGGGCCAACCGCCUCCGGGACUCGAACGGCUCACUCUGCCUUCAACAUCCCAAAUAGCAGCGGGCUCUAUGGCUCCCAAGACUCGGUCAGCAGCACUCCUGAGGAAGGGGGACGGGAACGAGCCACAGCGAGUGGAGGCGCAGAAGGACCCGGCGAGAGAAGCGGAGGACCCCGGCUACUUAUCGGCUCGCUGCCCGCGCACCUUUCGCCUCAUCUUUUUGGAGGAUUCAAAUGUCCAGUUUGUUCCAAAUUUGUACCUUCAGAAGAAAUGGAUUUACAUCUUGUGAUGUGUUUGACAAAACCAAGGAUAACCUAUAAUGAGGAUGUUCUGAGUAAAGAUGCUGGAGAAUGUGCAAUAUGCUUGGAGGAACUGCAGCAAGGGGAUACAAUAGCACGAUUGCCUUGUUUAUGCAUAUAUCAUAAAGGGUGCAUAGAUGAAUGGUUUGAAGUAAAUAGAUCUUGUCCUGAGCAUCCUUCAGAUUAAUCACCAAGUUUGCUGUUUUUAAAUUUUCUUACACUGCUCACCAGAAGUAAUAGAUGUGAAGUUCCAUCAUUAGAAGUUAAUCUGAAAGUAAAUUUAUGUUCGUUUUGGAGUGGGAAAGAAGAAGAUGGAACAAGCAUGGAAUAUGAUACAAAGCAGGAACCUCAGUGUACCAAAUGCUCAUGUAACAACAUAGGGAUUUGAAAAUGCUGCACAUUCUGGAAAAAUUCUCUCCCAUAAACUUCAAAGAUAUUUUAUAUUUAUAGGCCAAAGUUAACUCCGUUUUUUUUCAAAGCAGUGUACAGAAACAGAAUUGAACAGAAACUGUAUGCUCUACAUCAGUCUGGAACAUUAUACAAGGAAGAUGCCAUUUUAGAGUUGGAAUCACCUAUUCUUUUUUUUCCACAGUAAAGGAGAAGACAAACUAUGAGAUAUAGAGAUUCUUUAUCCAAUAUGCUGUUCACAUUUUUUAUGGAAAAUAAUGCAAUGUUAUUUCUUUGAAUCUUUGAAAAUUUUAUAAGUAAAGCUUUGUCACAGUUCAGCCCAAAGAACAAAUGCAAUCAAGGCUAAUUCUGAAUUAAUAUUCUUGUUCCAAUUAAAGUUAUUGAAAUCCAUAAUCUUUUCUCAUUUCUGCAUAAUAAAUUUUUUCUGCUUGUAAAUAUUAGUGCAGUAAUUUGGAAAAUGCAUAAUCUAGCAGCUAUGCAAUAUUUUUUUAAAAAGAACCUUAUAGGGACAUGCAAAUAACAUCUUUCAGAAUGUUGCCAGUUGAGCUAAUUUAACGGGUAUUAUAUUUUUAAUGUUUCAGGUAGUUACUUUCUUAUACUAUCACAUUUACCAAGCCAUCUUUCCUCAGUAGUCAUAAAGAUAGGCAAGAUGAAUGUUUCAUUGGGAUAAUAUCUGGCCUUUUUUUAAAUUUUUGUAUUAGAGAUUAUUGUAUCUCAAUGGCUGGUCAUAGCAGAUUAUAGUAAUUUGCAUCAAUGUCAUUGAUAUAGUAGCUAUAAUCCUACACCCAGUACUAUAUGCUUCUUGUCUGAUAAAAACAGGCUUCAUAUUUUCUGGGUUUAAGAUUAACAACAUUGCCUGUAUUCUUGAAUAUGUAAUACUUUGCUACACAAUUGUGUCUUAUAAAUUGUAAAAAUGGGCUUUCUCUGAUGGGGUAGAGAAGAAGCUCAUCAAAUAAAAUUAUGAGUUGUUAAUAUAUUUGAGGAUGUUUUUGGAAGCAAUUAAAGUAUCUUGUAAAAGUAUUUAAUAAAGGUGAUGGAAACUUAACAUAAAACUUAAAAUAAAGAAAAAUAAAAUGUACCAGAUUAUUUCAUUAUAUUUAUGCAUUGUGUUUCUCUAAGAUCAUUUUACAAACAAGUUUCUGCUAUUAUUAUUAUUAACUACUGCUGUUACAUUGUGCAUAAUUCAUAUGCAUAUAGAAAUAUUUGGUAUAUUGUUGAAUAUUCACAACUGUUCAAAUUUUAGACCAAAUAUUAAAUAUUUAAUAUUAAAUUCA